GAUUGGUAGCAAAAAAAAAUGAAGAUUAUAGUUUUGUUAUUCGCACUUUGUGCGUUCACUGCCACUUGCAAUGCAUCCCAAAUAGCAUUCAAUACUGAAUCAUGUACCAUCCGGACAGGAGAACUCCAUGAAUAUUUUUACGAUGUUUACCAUAAUUACGGACCAGGAGGCUCCAACUACUAUUACGUGCACCAUCCAUUAGCGGAAAGCAUGUUUCCCUAUUGGGAGCAUUAUCACGGUAUGUAUAAUCAUCUCGGAGAAAGUGUUGUCGAAAAUCAUUAUGGAUGGUCUGAGGAGCAUCAUAAAGCUUUGGUAACGCAUGUCGUACAUGUCCGUCAAAACUACACAGCCUUCCAUAUCGGAGGUAUCCGUAAAUUGCAAGACACCCGUGAAAAUAUCUACCGAAACCUUAGCGUGGUAAUGCACAGCAUCGAUGCAUUGGUUUGCGAAAUGGAUGGAACUCUUGCCAUGGCACGCGAAAUCAUGAUGAGUCGCAUGGAAUGCGGAAGUGAAGACAUGAGACAAUAUCUCUCAAAUCACGCUCAGGCCUUUGCGCAAUCCUUGCAAGACUUUUUCGAGAAUUUCAGAAAUAGUAUGUACAUGCAUUAUUACUAUUACAUCGAUGAGUCAUUCAUGUGGGAUUGGCAAAACUUCCUUUAUGACAGCACAUACAACAAAGACAAUCCCGUUGAAUCAUUGAAGUCCUCCGAAGCUAUUUACUUCGAGUCGAAGAAUAUUUUGUUGUCCAAACAAUUGGAUAACUUCCGUACCGCUAUCGAAUGGUAUACUACCACAAAGGGAAUCAUGGAGCUCAAUGAGAUACGAUCACGCUUGCCGGAUAUCAUCAAUAAUGCCGCAACACAAGAAUGCGUCGAUCCAUAUCGCUAUUUUUAA